UCAUAAUUGGUUUCAUUGUUUUGCUGGAAAAAAUUAUCAAAUGGGGUAUAAAAGCUUUGAAAAAUGUUCAAAACGUCGUAAACUCUGUGACGUUAAUAGUCAAGACAUGUUUUUUGAGGAACGCGACGGAAUUCCGCACUUCAAUUGUAGAAUAACUUCUAGUAUCUUAAAAGAGACGCUUGCUUAUGUAUACAGGUACAUACAUCGAAUGACACGUAAAUUUGGCGCACCUAAGAGAAUCGCCCACAGUGCCACUUCGCUUUUUAAACAAUUGGAAGAUCUGAAAGUGCAAUACUAUUACUCUAACAUGGCAAAAAUGACCUCGUGCUUAUAUAUAGUAAUGGUUCUAGAAUCUAUACCGAGUACCAUUAAACAGUUGUCCUUAGCUUCUGGAGUCUGCAGUGAACAAAUUACUCAUUGUCAUUUAGUUAUAAUCAAAUUACUAAAUAUAGAUAUGAGUGACACUGAUGACGCCUCUUAUAUGCUCCGCAUUUCUAAAUAUUUGGAACUUAAUCUGCCAACGACACAGUUGGCAAGGAAAAUAGCAAACAAUGCAUUGGAGAUGGAAUUUAUGUUUAAUACUUCAAAGGAAUCUUUAGUUGCAGCGGCAAUUUAUAUGGCAUGCCAGGUAACGCAAAUUGAUUUAACGCAGGAUGCAAUACUCGAUAUGGUUGGAGUAAAUUUCAACCAAUUCAAAAAAGUUUAUGAUGUUCUCACGUGGUAUGCCUCGGAAAUCUUCCUUGUAGACUCCGAAUUUCGAAGGAAUGCAAAACAAGUGUUUAAAUUACCAUUUCACAUGUAAUUUAAUACAUUAAUAUCAUUUAGUCAUAUAUGAUAUUAAUGUAUCCUACGCAACAUUCUAUUCCUAUGAAACAACAUCAUCCUUGGAUUACGGUAAAUGUGACAGGGAAAUCCAGUGAAGCCACUUCGACGUAUUUGAUUUAAGGGUUCACUGAUGUCUUUGUAGCGUCUGUUCACCAGGUUAGGUGCGGCUACAAAACAGACGCCCUCACUAAAUAAUAUUUUUUCUUACGUACCGUUAACCAAGAGUAGGCAAACACAACUUCGUUUUAUUGUUCUAAUAACUAUUGACGUAAAUUUCAAACAAGAUAAUGUAUACCUGUUAAAUCUCUCCACAAAUUUGAAAAGCUAAGGAUUCUACUACUCUCCUUUCAAGAAACACAUAAACUGUAUAGCUUUGCUCUACACUGAAUUUCUUAUGGCACAAAAAAAUUGCAUGAUAAGAACUAUAGUGGAAUCGUUAUAAAGUAAUAUAUAUAAAUAUAUAUUGAAAACAUUAGAGUAAGAGAAUGCAGUAAUUAACAAUCGAAUUCGAUGAAGAAGUAAAGCUUCUACGCUAUCAUUUGGGAUCAAAGGACAUAUAGUCUGCAAAAAGUUAAAAGUAUUUAUAAUAUUGAUUUAUUUGGAAAAAGAAUUUCGUGUUAUUUAUGUUUCCGAUAUUCUGGACUUUAAAAAAAAAAACUGCCAUAGUUAAAGAUAUAGUUCUUUGAGUUUCCACAAGUUUUACUUCAAUCAAUUUUGCAUUCUUUUACAAUUACCUCAGGACAGUA